GAUGACAUUAGACUUUACUCUUGUUUGGCAAAUGGAUCAGCAGAUGAAUUCCAGAGAGGAGAGCAUCUAUUCAGAGAUAGAGCUGUUAAAGAUGUUUUACAAAUUGGUUUUCAUUUAUCUGCCACAGUUGUACUUACUAUGCCUCGUGCCCAAUUUAAUGUCGCAGUAACGUUUGACAGACAGAGAAUUUCGUCAUGUAACUGUACUUGUUCAUCUACAGCACACUGGUGUUCACAUAUUGUAGCUGUAUGUCUGUACAGAAUUCAUUUGCCUACACAAGUAUGUCUUCGUGCACCUGUAUCUGAAUCAUUACAAAGGUUAAGAAGAGACCAACUGCAAAAAUUUGCACAGUAUCUUAUAUCGGAACUACCUAGACAAAUACUUCCGACGGCACAGCGUAUUCUGGAUGAAUUACUGUCUGCCCAACCAAAUCAGAUAAACACGACUUGCGGGGCGCCAGAUCCGACCGCUGGAGCAUCAGCCUACGAAUACACAUCCUGGUUCUUAGAUGAAAAGACCUUGCAUAACAAUAUCAAUAAAAUAUUAGUGAAGUUUUGUGUUCCAGCUCCUAUUGUUUUCAGUGAUGUAAAUUACCUGAGCACAAGUGCACCACCAGCGGCAUCUGAAUGGUCAUCUCUCCUUAGACCUCUAAGAGGGAGGGAGCCAGAAGGAAUGUGGAAUUUACUCUCUAUAGUUAGAGAAAUGUUCAAGAGAAACGAUAGAAAUGCUAUACCCCUGCUCGAGAUAAUAACGGAAGAAGUUAUGGCUUGCGAACAGAUCAUUAUAUGGUGGUAUACGACGAAGGCAUCCUUAGUGGCUUGGGGUGGUGGAACAGGAGGUAAACAUGGCGGCGGUUCAGGCAACUCAUCAGCCCAGCACGCCUGUUCAUCUCUCUGUGAUGAGGUGGUUGUACUGUGGCGACUCGCUGCAUUGAACCCUGCGCUCGCGCCGCACGAACGGGACACACUGCACGAACAAUUCGUUCAGUGGCAUUCCAAAGUACUUGAUAAGGUGGCGAAGAAUCGUAACAACCACAUAGGCACAUCCUCUUCGUCUUCGUCGUCACAUUCGCGGCACCCGAGAUCGCAUUCGCAUCCCCCUUACAUCAACGGGAUCAGCGAGAACGAAGUCUUUCCCGGCUUCACCCCGGCCAUGGAGGCUUGUUUCCUCGAGUGGGAUGAUUACCCAAUUCCCGGAGUGACCUACACGAAAGACUUGAAUCCCUUGUAUCAUAGUCCGUUCACUAUUUUCCGCCACGCCGAUAAGCAAAGCGAAAACGUUCAUCAGGUGAAUUCAUCAAAAGCAGUACUUAACAAUGAAAUGUCAUUAAGCUAUAGACUGACAAAUCCCGAUCCGUCUCAUGUACACAGAAAUUUAAUGCACAAAAUUAGUAGAAUUAGUGUUGAUUUGGCUGUGCCAGGAACAUCAAGUCAGCCGUGUGGGUCCGGACAAGGACCCAGUGGUGGGCCCCGUGAUGGCAGCGGUCACAGCGAUGGCAAUCACUCUAGUGUAUCAUCAGAAGGUUUCUGUGAGAACGAAGAGGAGAUGCAGGCGAGCGGCGGCGACACAGACUCGCACUCGUCGAGCUCCCCGAGCGCCUCGUCCGACGACGCCACACGGCGCAUCUCGCAGGACGACUCUGUGUCCGACGACGAGUGUCAGCUGUACUACUACGACUCGGCGGCCGCUAGACGCCUCGAACUUAACUCUGCCUCAGGCGGCGGCACUAGUUCGUCGUGGACGGCGUCUGGCUGGGAGUGCGGCUGGGAGGUGCAGUUCGCCCGCGCGGAGGGUCUGCAGGCGCACGGGCGGGCGCGGGAGGCGAGCGCGCUGGGGGCGGCGCUGGCGCGGGAGCUGCUGGCGCGGCCGCCCGUGCUGCACGCGCCGCACGACCCACGCCGGCCCCGCAAGAAGCACGCCGUCUCGCCGCGCCUCUGCGCCGCCUCGCACCGCCUCUCCUGUCUCGCCUCGGCCACGCUCGCCAAGUGCGCAUUCCUCUGCACGGUCCUGGCUGAGUUUAGUGAACAUCACGAACUUGCAUUCAGAGUGGGUUUGUUCGCAUUAGAAAUGGCGCGUCCGCCGGCGAGCACUAAAGCGCUUGAAGUCAAGUUAAAUAAUCAAGAGACCGAGUUGGUGGCUUUACUUAAGAAGUUACCCACAGGGGCGGAACAAUUGACAUUGGCCCGAGAAAAGGCGGAGCAACUACGCGAUGGAGUUCUGAAGAACCGAGGUCCAGCUCUUUUGCCGAUUGCCUUGGCGAGUUUCCUAUUCGAAGUUCUUGUACUGUCUGCGACUGAUAAAGAAAACAAACACCCUGCACGGUUAACAUCUGACGAAAUGCUCGGAUUCGAAGCAGCCGUAGCGGCGUUGGGACUGAAAGCGAAUGUUUCUGAAGCAGAACACCCUCUAUUAUGCGAAGGCACGAGGCGGCAAAGAGGAGAAUUAGCUCUAACAUUGUUAUCGUUUUACAAGGACGAUCCUGUUAAGUUGGCUAGAAUUAUGAAUAAGUUGUUGGACCGCGACAUCCACCAGCUGACGAAGGGCCCGAUGGUGAGCAUGUACUACAUGAACAACCCGCGGUUGGCGGCGUACCGCUCGGACGUGUCGGCCGUGCCGCUGUAUCCGCCGCUGUACCCGCCGCACGCGCACGCUCACCAGCAUCAGCAUACGAUCCCGCACCCGAUUCCAAUCCCGCCGCCGUGCAUACCGCCGGUACCAGUGCAGGUCCAGUGCCCACUGGUCAGCGACAUGGAACGUCUGUCGUUAUCGGAGGGUGGGCCGUCCCCGCCGUCCCACCUGCACAUGCACACGCACGCUCUACACGCGCCUCACGUCACGCACGUGUCACACACUACACACGUGCCGCACACCACACACGGACAGCACAACACGCACGUGUCGCACGUGACUCACGUGCCCCACACACCUCAUUCGUCUCACGUGGCGCACACGACCCACGUGCUGCAAACAACGACCCACGUGCCCCACACGACUCACGUACCGCACACUACGCACCUGCCGCACACCUCGCACGUGCAGCACACGUCACACGUGCAGCACUCGUCGCAUUCGCAGCACACUACGCACGGUCCGCACAGUUCGCACACGUCACACGGACAGCCACACAUGUCGUCUCACGUAGCCAUCACCAGAUCGAAGGAUUCAAGAUAUAAAGGAAAACGUCAAUAUCCGUCCGUGCCAAAUCAACCCUCGGAGGCAUCCGCCCAUUUUAUGUUCGAACUUGCGAAGUCUGUGUUGUUCAAAGCCGGCGGUUCGUCCAGUACCAGUCUAUUCACGCAGACGUCAUGCGCCAGAGAACAUCAUGGACCACAUCGGGGUUUACAUAUGGCGGCGUUUCAGUUAGGCCUAUACGCACUAGGCCUACUAAACUGCGUGAGCGCAAAUUGGCUCAGCCGGACGUAUUCGUCUCAUGUUAGUUGGAUCACAGGGCAAGCAAUGGACAUCGGAGCUCCAGCUAUUUUAUUCUUAAUCGAUGCUUGGGAAGGACAUUUGACGCCGCCAGAAGCGGCCAGUAUUGCUGACAAGGCGUCGUCCGGUCGCGACGUGCACACGGUGCGAGCGGCCGCGGAGCUGGCGCUGUCGGUGCUGCCGCACGCGCACGCGCUCAACUUCAACGAGAUACAGCGUGCCGUGUUGCAGUGCAAGGAGCAGAGUGACUCGAUGCUCGAACGUGCCUGUCUCAUAGUCGAGGAAGCGGCCAAAGGCGGCGGCGUGUACCCGGAGGUGCUGUACACCGUGGCGCGGUACUGGCACGAGCUGUACCUGCGCCAGCCGGGCGACGAGGCGGAGCACGACGAGCCGCAGUACCGGCCGGCGCCCCUCCCCGCGCCCCUCCCCGUGCCCUACCCCAUCCCGUACCCGUUCACGUACCACGCCUACCCGCCUCCCAUAUACCAGCUGCAGUAUGGUGGCGCGGGAGGUGCGCAGUACGCAUUGCCGCCGCCGUAUUUCGUACGUGGAAUAGCGCCACCGCCCAUAGCUGUCAACGUCAGCGUGCAUUCCACGCACGCGCCCCCGCUAGCGGCGCCGCUGCCCCCGCCGGCCCCCGCGCCCCCCGCGCCGCCGCCGCCCGCGCCCGCCAACAGCAGCUCGCCCAGCAACCAGGCACAGCUGCGCCGCCUGCUCUCCGCCUACAGGGUCGGCAUGCUCGCCCUCGAAACUCAAGCGAGGCGCGUACACGACGAUAGACCCCAGAACAAUUUCGAUUUGUUCAGAAACCCGCCGUACGGCGAGCACGUGAAGUGGUUGUUGCGGAUCUCGAAGCAGCUGGGCACGCAGUACCUGCACCAGUUCUGCGUGAGCGCCGUGAACUCGGUGGUGUCGCCCUUCGUGCUGUACGAGCUGUGCGUGGAGUCUGCGCACUGGCUGGCGCGCGGCGGCCCGCACCACAUGGUCAUGCAGCACCUGCGCGGCACGCUGGCGCCGCUCGUGCACAAGUGCCAGCAGAUGUACAUUCAGUGUAUACAUCAAAAAUUGUAUCAUCUGAACGCAGUCGAGUACGAAGAGUUCGUUAGCAUCGUUCUGUCCGCCCGCACGGCCUUCCAGCUCACCCCCGAAGGGAACACGCAGUUCAAGGAAUGGCUGGCUUCAUUGCGCAGGUCUAAAUCGUGCAAGAAGGACCUGUGGACCCAGCUCAAUGCGGCCCUGCAGACGAACGGCAAAUGACGUCGGCAGCCGAUAGUUUGUACGACGCGGUGCGCCGCCGGCAAACUGUCAUUCCACAGGCGAUGGCCGCGAUGUCGGCUCUACUACCAUCUGCACACUCUCUAACUCUAGAACUCGUGUUAUUUGUAAUUUAAGUACUUAAUUAUAAUAAAUAUAAAAAUAGAGCGAACGCGAUUUCGUAGCGCACGAACGUCUGCAAUGAAAUGACGAGGAUAAUUAAAAAGACUUAUUACCGAACGUUGACGACUCGUCGUUUUCCUUGCAGUUUUGUCUGCUUUAGUUAAUCAAAAUUUAAGGUUUCGAAGCGUAUUUUUAUAUUAGAUUAUUAACGAAGAAUUAGAUAUAGUUAAGAUCGCCUUUAGAGUUUAGCCAAUCGAUUAUAUCGAUCGAUCGAUGGAUUAAUAACGAAUGAUAAAGCAAAAAGGUCGGUUCGGAACACUGAUAUGUAUCCCUUGUAGUUAAAGAGUAUUUAAAUGUAAGGCUGUAACUUAAAUUACAAAUAAUACAAUCUGGUCACACUAAAAUAAUAGUAAUGAAUAGUUAUACAUCUUAGAAAUAGUAUAGACGCUCCUUUUGAGGGUAAACGAUCUCAAUAAAAAAUGAGGACUACAGAGAUAACUGCAGAUAUGUUGCUCCUUUGAGAGCUAGUGUACUUGUCUGUUCAUUGUUUUAUGGCGCAAAAAGAGACACUUGCAACAAUUCAGAUUUAUCAUAAAACAUUAAUGCUAGAAUUUCCUUGUUUAAUUUAAUAAAAUAAAUAUUGAAGCUCAUUAUAAGGUUGUGCGUUGUAGGCAUGCAAUUUGGUUGUAGUUGACUUCUUAUGAGACUUAGAACGACCGAUCACGCAGAGGAGUUGAUGAAACAUCUCUAAAUUUUUUCUCUUGCUUCUAAAUGCAGAAUAUCAGAGUUGUGUGUUGAAAGAUUGGUCCCAUUUUUUUUUUCAAAUAAUGACAUGUCCAUUCUCUCUUCUCAAUCGUUUUUCACCGAUUUUAACUUAACUAGUCAGUGGUCUUAGGAAACGGUUAUUUAAAAAAAAGAAUAUCAGUGGAUCCUCAAUAUUUCAUAGAUCUUUUUUUUCUAAUUUAACUUAAUCCGUCUUGAAACGGUCCGCUAGUCUUAUUUUAUUGUUUACUCUGAUAAACAAACAAACUUUUAACUUGUACAGAUGAAUGUAGUUGGAUAGCAUGUUUUUUUAAUUAAUCCAAUAAGGCAAGAGCUACAAGAAAGAAGCUUAAAGAAAAAGAUGCACAAAAGUUUCCAUAAAAAUAAAUAAUGUUCCAUAAAACAAAGGUAUUUGUCUAUUACCAAGUAUUAUAGAUUAAAUAAUGAUUAAAAGAAAAUUCUGUAAAUCUUACAAAAAUUAAAACCAAAAAAAACCGUACACCUCUGAUGAAAGAAAUAUUUAUCAUUUUUUUAAAUGAUAUAACAAUUAUUGAAUUGUUAUUAAACUGUGUUCAUUGUUGGGAUACAAAAUAGCUAAAAAAAUUAAUGAGUUUGCAAAUUAUUAAAAAAAAUGUAAUCAAUCUGUCGGCGGUGCAACUUUGUUCGCUGCUUUUGGAUAUUGAAAUGUUUUUAAUGCCUGUUUGAGUAAUUCCUCUGAUACACGUUUUAACUUCAACAAGUCGUUACAGACUUUUUUAUUUCAGCGCUAUGAUCUAGUGUAUACUACAAAUUUUAUACGCAUGUCAUGCUUACGUGUAAAGGGCUGCUUGCAUAAAUUUUUUUAUAUAUUUACACUAUUUUUUUAAAAUCCGAUGUAAGAAGUAAAGUGGACAACUCGAUUGAGAUGUAUUUAAAGAAUUUUAUUUUUCAUCAACCGAUAGGAAAUUUAACAAUAAAAAGGUCUUUGCAACCAUAAAUACUAGCCGCCCUAAAAUAAUACAAAUCCGUAAAAGAAUAAUAGUAAAUUUUAACCCAGAAUUCCUUUUAUUUAUAUCUUUAUGCGCUUACAUGAACAUGUCCUCGUAGCAAAUUAUUUAAAAGAUCUCUUCUAGUAAAAACUAAGUUAUCUUCGUCGCUCAUUAAAUCAGGUCUCAUUUUAUCUUUUAGUUCACAAAAAGGUACAUUCUGAACCUUCGUUAUAAAGUUACGGUGCCGCGGCGUUAUUAAAAUAAAAACUAAUAUUUAAAUUAAUUAUAAACAAAAAUUAUAUAGAAUUAAAAAUUGAUCUAAAAACGAAUAUUAGAAUGUUACUCUUUUGAAAGAAUGUUUGUAUUUCGACACUGCUGUCGAGACACGAAUACGCUUUUUGCCUAAAUUCAGGCUUAUUGUGAAUAUAUUUCCAAUAUACCUACUCGAUAUGAAUUGAAAAGUUGGCUUAAUUAACAAGAGCCAAUUCGUAUGUAUGUUAAUUCGUAAUUGGCGUAAAGGACAUUGAGUGACUUAAAACUUUUUAGUGAAAUGUCAUUAGACUACAAAAAGUAUUAAUACGGAAUGUAGCCGGAGACCGUUGAAAAGCACAACUAUUUUUGAUAUUCUCUUGUGGAAAUUUGCAGAUUUCAGUGAGUUACACAGUUCACGUGUUGGCGUCUCGCGAAGAUAAAUUUAGACGUUCGUUUGAUUCAUAGUACUUUAUUUACACAUUUAUAAUUAUAUUACUAUUAUUAUAUUAUUAUUAUUAUAUUGUAAUGCGUAGUGGUAUCUUGAGAGCCUUUAAAAAUAACAAAAAUAUUAAUAUUUUGCGACACGAGUGCUGGCAACAAAAAAAAAAAACUCCCCGAUUGUUAUUUUAGAUCAUUCAGAAGUAUUUAUAUCGGUAUCGGUAUUUUUGUCAGAUAGGUAAGUAAGUGAUUCGAAUAUAGCGCUAUUUAGAUUACGAACUGUCAACGGUAAAUUUGUGUAAGAAGUGGAUAAUAUUUGAAAAGACUAAGUAAUUAAGUACGUGUAUUCGACGUCGUCGAGAAAACUGGCGAAAUAAAAAUUAUUGAUAUGACUUUAUAACAUUAGUUAAGAACUUACGGUCACUCUUUAAUUAAAUAAGAUCUUCCAACUAUAAAGCAAUAUUAAAAUAUCAUUUUAUUGUAAUUUUAGAAAUUUAUAUCAAUGUAGCGGUCUUUUAGAUGUGGUCGGAUCGUUCGUAUUUAGAUGUUUUGCUAAAUUAUUGUCGAUAAUAAAAGUAUAUUGUCUACUUGUACGGCGUAGUACAUUAUUGAUAACAUGUUAUUGAACGUUUACUUAAGUCGUACAAUUAAAGCAUUAUUUAUUCGAAAGCUAAAGUUGCUCAAUUCGAAUAUAACACGUACCGACUUCAACGUACCUAUUGUAUUACAUGUGCCUUGACGUGUCACACUGUUAACAAGAUGUAUCUCUUGAAGUUAUACAAAGUUAUUUGUAUUUCAGCUGUGUUCAUUACGUAAAGUGCUUUUUAAGGUUUUACACGAUUUUUCAUCCAACGCAAAAGGUUGUCUAUGGUCAAGCGACUCUUAUUGGAGUGCAGACCUGCCACUUGCAACGUAAAACAAAAGAACGAAUAAACGGUUGAUCAAAUUAUUCAUGUUAAUAGUAUAUUUAAUAACGAUAGAAUAAUAUUAAAGGUUAAUGUUUAUCGUCGUGAUCAAAUGUAUAUAACUAAUGCAAAGGAAGUUACAGAGUCAGGAACAAAAAUAUAAAGACAUUGAAAAGACGAGACGUUGCCAGCCUCGGUGUCGGUUAGAUUUAGUUUAAUAUCUUUAUAAAUUUAGAAGUUUACAUGCGUUGAUUAAAGUGUCGGACAUAUGAAUGCUUUCCAGCAUUCGGUAGAUAGUAAAAUUUAGAAUGCUAGUUAGUAUAAUUGUCAUUCUUUACAAGUUGAAUUGAAAGCUAAAUUAAAUAUUUUUCCUCGAGUUACGACCGAUAUCUUUCAGAUUCAAUAUAAAAAUUCUUAAAAGUUUCACGUUUGAAUUUUAUGAAGCACCAAAUCGCCACGGUUUUUAGCUGUAGCGUGUUCGUUAGUUUAAAUAAUAAACAGCACUUUGAGAGUUUGAAAGGCAUUUUUUUUAUUUGUGCAAGGGAACUAUAUUUUAAUGGCCUAAACAGGUUACCGAUUUAUAUUAUUUUUCAACAUAUCGAUCGCAUAACUUACUUAUAAUCGGUCGUUUAAAAUUAAAAUAAAACAGAUUGGGGUCCCAUAUUAAACGAAUUUGUUCCUUUGCAAAAAAAAAAGAAAACACAUAGUACUUACCAUUGAAAAAUAUCAUAAAUUGAAUUUGCCGUCCAUAAUUGUUUUGCACAUCAUCCUAAGUAGAUUAUUAAAGAUAAUAUUGUCUACUGUUUUUUUUAGAUUAAUAUUUUGAACUGCAAAAACUGCUCUUUGGGCAUUAUUAACAAUUUUUUGAGUAUAGUUUGUUCGAAGGUUUCUCUUUACAUCAAAAGUGCUUUGAGGUUUUGUCUUGAAAAAAGAAAAAGUUAAAAAAAAACUAUUUUUACACUUAAAGCGUAUUUAAAGUGAAAAAAAAAAGAUAUCGUUAGUUUCGUAUAUAUAAUGUUAGUGUCUACGAAGCAUAUUUUAUUUAGUUGUUUAAUGCAUGUUUGUAGAGUUGUAAUUCGCCCAGAUUGCAGAGUCGUAUAGCGUUUCACAUAUAACCGCCGUGUUCUAAAUGAUUUGCAGUUCAAGACUCAUCUAUCAAGACAUUAGUUAUGCAAAAAAAUAUAAUGCCUAAUCAAUAACAUUUUUGUUUUAAUAGGGCCUUAUAAUGUGAAACUCAUUUAUAUAUCUAGAGGUAGUUUGUGAGCGAGACAUACAUACAAGAAUACUAUAGAUUUUUAUUUAAUAUUAGAAUCAGUCAAAAUAUGGUUAGAGAUUGAAUCAAGCUAAUUAAUAUUAACUCUUUGACUGCCGUAUAGGUCACCGGUGUCCUACGCGGCGCACUGAACUAAUUAUGUCGAUUUCUAUUACUAUAGCGCCGGAAUAUCUAUUAGACUGGGAAAGACGAACCCGAAGAUACUGAGAAUGAAUCUCUUAUUAAGAUACUUAAUAGA